AUGGCGAUCGGCAGACCUCGCAUACCUGGCACCGACGCAGAGAGGGCAGAGGCACGGAGGAACAAAGUCCGUGCCAAUGUCCAAGCCUUUAGGAGGCGCCAGAAAGAAAAGCAACUCGCAGAGCAGACGAUCCGGACGCAGGCCAGUGAAGGUGUGCUUCCAACACGUCAGACCCUCGCACGCCAGCAGCCCACAAUCGCCAUACUCCCUCAAAGUUGUCCACGAGCAUUCGAACCUUCUCCGUUAUCUCCGGAUGAUCCUGAAUUCUGGCUAUGGGCUAUACCCUCAGAAAUGGGUGCAAGGCUCGUGGGCUCGACAUACCACGUUGCAUUCGUGCAGGCUCUCAAGAACAAAUUCGUGAGACCUCAAACAGUGCGCGAACGAACCAAGAACAAGGCUGAACAACAACUGUCAAUAUGUUGUUCGACGUGGAUCACAACAGCAAGCCUCGAAAUCGACAAACCUGAAACCAAAGUCUUGAUGGAGGCUCUAUUGGCUGCCUCGCUGGCCAAAGUUGGAAAAGACCGCAAUGAACCAGAGAUGGUCCUUCAAGGAGCCUAUAUGCAAACCCGUGCAUUGCAGAGAUUGCGGUACUCGCUGAAAAGGUACCAAGACGGCGACAGAACUAUUUCCCCGACAAUGUUGUCCUCGAUGGCGCUGAUCUGUGCCAUGUCGGAGCUGAUAACCAACAAGUCUUGGGACAACUUCAAUUGUCACUUGUUGGGGGUGGGGGCUCUCAUUUUCCAUGGCGGUGCCGAAGGUCUGAAUCAGCAGUCGUCUCAAGAACACUUCUACGGCUACCGCGCAAUCCAAACACCUUUCUUGUUCAUGAGUCGGCAGAAAUCGUUCCUGUCCGAGUCACAAUGGAUCAACUUCCCAUGGAAAGGAGAGGUGGAGCUGGCUCAAAGCCCCCUGCACUCGAUGCUCGAUAUUGCCCUCAAGGCGUUACCAGAGAUUGUCAAGCAGGAAACACCGAAAGCUUGGAGUCUUCCUUCUCUCAAGGAGAGAUAUGAAAAGGCGUGCGCGAUUGCGACGGAAUUGGAUGAUUGGGAGCGUCAGCUGCGAUCACAACACCGUGGUCCUCUACACAGCGAAGUCAUUGCCAGCUGGGGAGGUGUGUACGAGCGUCGCCUCGACUUCCACAAUACCGAGAUUGCCAUUGCAUUCGCGACAUACACGGCCGUCAGGAUACAUGUUGCAACGCUUGUUGCCGACACCUCAAAAGAGAUCAUCUCCCGCAUGCCCACGACUGACAUAGACAGAAGUGCAGCUAUGCUUGAGGCAUUGCGGUGGGCACGGCUUGCCUGCGAGAGCCUCGAGUACUUCCACACUAGCGAACCCAAAGUUACUGGACGCAUCAUAACGCUGUGGCCACUUGAAGCCGCGUGGGAGCUCUUUGCGCAGCUGGAAGUGGAAGGUUCUAUGGAUGUCUCACAAGAGAUCGCGUGGUGUCGCUCUGCAGCUGAACGGUACGCAAAACUGGGAAUCCCUCCGUUCCAAUGGAGGUGA